UGGAAGGGCCGCCCUUUUCUUCGUAGCCUCCAAGGGAGCGGGAACAAAAUAACGAAACCAAAACCUGCCUGCUCGCUCUUCUCCCCAUCCCCCGCGUUCCGCUGGUUGUGGGCUUCCUGCGGCCGCCGAGGGCGCGUCUCUCCUCCGCCAUGGCAUCAGUUUUGAAUGUCAAGGAAUCCAAAGCUCCUGAAAGAACGGUUGUAGUUGCUGGUCUUCCAGUUGGCCUUUUUAGUGAUCAGUUAUUGGCCCUAUUAGUAAAGAGCCACUUCCAAGACAUCAAGAAUGAGGGUGGAGAUGUUGAAGAUGUGAUAUAUCCUACAAGAACCAAGGGAGUUGCAUAUGUAAUAUUCAAAGAAAAAAAAGUUGCAGAGAAUGUCAUCAGACACAAGAAACACCGGCUAGCAAGGAAGGCUAGACAUGCUGAACUCACAGUCUCUCAUUUUAGUGACAAGAUCUUCAGCUCUGUAAAUGCCAUCCUUGAUCUUUCUGUUUUUGGGAAAGAAGUUACUCUAGAGACUCUGGUAAAGGACCUGAAAAAAAAAAUCCCGAGUUUAAACUUCAGUCCUUUGAAACCCAAUGGAAGAAUCUCCGUGGAAGGAUCAUUUCUGGCUGUCAAGAGGCUCAAAGAAUCUUUGCUAGUAAGAGCAUGUUCUCUCUUAGAAAAAGACAGAAAUUUUACCAGUGAGGGAAGAAAGUGGAAUAGACAAAAUCCCCAAAGGAAUAUACAGAGAAGUAAUAACUCUUUGGCAUCAGUCAGGACCUUAGUACCCGAGACUGCUAGAAGUGGAGAAAUGCUUGUGCUUGACACAGAUGUUUUUCUUUACCUGCAACACAAGUGUAGAUCUUAUGAAAGCACACUGAAAAAAUUCCACAUUCUGAGUCAGGAGAAAGUGGAUGGUGAAAUCACCACAGUUUGUCUAAAAAACAUUCAAGUUGGUUCUCAGCUAAACAAUGCAAAACAUGUAAAAGAGCUCAUUGAGGAAUGGUCACAUGCUCUUUACUUAAAGCUUAGAAAAGAGACAUUUAUUUUGGAAGGAAAGGAAAAGAAAGAGAAAAGAAUGAUCAAAUGGGCAUGUGAACAAUUAAGUUCGAGAUACCCUGAAGUCCUGAUUAACUUUUAUAGGGCACACAUUGACAUUAUAGGAUCUUCCUCUGACACUUACUUGUUUAAAAAAGGGGUCAUGAAAUUAAUAGGGCAAAAGGUUAGUUAAUAAAAUCUCAGCAAUAUAGUCAUAAUCACUGCUUUCCCUUGCUGAGCAGUGACCGUUGCCUUGAAUGAGGCUAGCUUUACACAUCCUAUCUCAUUAAUCCUUAUGCUCAUCCUUCAUUGUCAGUGUUGACUAUCCUCAUGUUAUAGUGGAAGAAACUAGGAUUUGGAGAAGUUAAAACACUUUUCUGAAAUUACCCAGUUGAUAAGGAAUGAGGCUGUGGCUUAGCCCAGACUAUCUGAUUAUACAGAUAAUAUCUAAGGAAUAAAACUUUGAAAAAAAACUCACCAAAUUUUUUUUUUGUUUGUUGUUUGUUUUUGAGACGGAGUCUUGCUCUGUCACCCAGGCUGGAGUGCAGUGGUGUGAUCUCGGCUCACAGCAACCUCCACUUCCUGGGUUCACACCAUUCUCCUGCCUCAGCCUCCGGAGUAGCUGGGACUACAGGCACCCGCCACCACGCCCGGCUAAUCUUUUUGUAUUUUUUUAGUAGAAACGGGGUUUCACCGUGUUAGCCAGGAUGGUCUCAAUCUCCUGACCUCAUGAUCUGCUCUCCUUGGCCUCCCAAAGUGCUGGGAUUACAGGCGUGAGCCACCGUGCCCAGCAAACUCACCAAACUUUGAAGGAAUCUUACUUUCUCUGUAACUCCAAAUUAUUAGAAAAUAAUAAUUAUUAAGAAGUAACCUUAACAUAUGAGAAGUUUGAAAGGUGAUUAUUAUGCCAUGGGCAAUUUCUUAACGUUUACAGUUUGUGUUUACUCCAUGUAGAAUUAGAAUACUGGCAAAAAUCACUAGGGAAACUACUUAGAUGGAAAGCAUAUUUGAUGCAGGUAAUCAUUAUUUGACUAAAUUCUAUUGUUUCAAGGCUGCUGGCCACAUAGGAUGUUUUUACUACUACUUUUUUAGCCUAAGUGCUUACAUAAAUUGGUGAUUCUCUUAUAAUUGUUCUCUUAUAAUUGUGAUUCUCAUAUAAAUUGAGUCAUGCUUGUCACACCCAACUAAAACAGAGUCAAGAAGCUAGGGGGAAAAAGUACUUGGCACACAUAAUAUUUCUCAAAGAAUAUAAUUCUCUGUGAGCCUGGCUACUGAAACUACUUGCUGUAACCUGAGACCAGUUUUGUCUAUAGCUGUUGAGAUAACUUGCUGUAACUCUAGGACUAAUUUUGCCUAUGGCCAUUGCCCACCAGUUGGAGCUUGCCAGCUCCCCAGAGCUUUACUAAUACCAAUGAGCUUUCUCUUAAGACCACAAGUAACAUUCUUCGUUUAAAAUAAAACCCUCAACCUUCUCUUUGUUUGUUGAACAUACUAAAGAUGACCUAGAAUUGAAAUUCUUCUCAAAUAAAACACUAAAUUUAGAGUUUUGUGUCUACAUUUUCACUUUGACUUUGACAUACAUGGUGUCAGAAGUGGGAUACAAAGCUGACUCACCUCAGGGAGAAUCACUGGCCUUUGGAGCUAUGGCAUGAGGUACCUGUGUUGGGGCCCUUUGAACCCCCACACCCCCACCACUUUCACAGGUCAUGCUUUCUCCUCCCAGCGAGUAUCUCUUGGACAGAACUCUCAAAUAUGGUUUGAGUUCUGUUUUAUUUAGCAUAUGAUUAGGGAGAGAUCGUUCCCCCUCUUGUUUGGUAGAUCUGUUGGGCAGAAUUAUUUUCCCCCAGUUGACCUCAGCUGCGAGGUUUGGACCUUGAGGCUUGGAUGAGGGAAUUUUUCCCUUUCUUUGGAGAAGGCUUAUCAUUCUUACUGGUAAGCAUGUAUUUUAUUUUCUGUCUGGGCUUUUAUUUAAUUGGCCUUUGUGUAUUCAGUGCUUGCAUUUACUUGACUUUUGCAUAGUUGGCAUUAAAUCAGAGCACCCACGAAAUGAGGUCUCAAAGUUCAAUGUCAUGCCAGAAUAUUUUCUAGAACUCCAGCUAGAAACAUAUUCAAACAUUACAGGGAUCAUUUAGUCUGUUGUUCUUAAAACUGAACUAAAAGAUGGAGGCUAUAAAAUCAUAUACUCCAAAUAAGAUAUGCAUAUUUCAUUGAUAUCUUGAGGCUAAAAAAAAUUAAAACAAAAUACAUUCAGGAUGCAAGUAAUUGCCUUGUUAAAAAAUACUGUCUCAAAGGUGGCUGGAACUUUUUCUUUUCCUGACCUUUCACCUCCCUUUCUUACAAUAUCCCCACUUUAUCCUUCUCUAAACAGCUAUUCUAACAUACUACUAAAAAAACAAAAACACUUGAAAACCAGCAGAUAUAAAAGAAAGUCAUUUUGACCUUCCUACUGUUUUUUUUUUAAAGCAAAGAUGAAAUUCCCAUGUAAAACCUUCCUCCCUAUACAAAAAAGAAUGGCAACAUUCUUAUCUUCAACAACAAAGAAUUGAGUCCAAGAAAAUACUGUAUAAACCUUGUUAAAAAUCACUCUUGUCUUUUGGUCCUACUCACAUAAUUCAGCACACUUUCACAGUUAACUAUUCUUUGUUCAAUUCAGUGCAUUGGUGAGUGACUCAAACUGCUUUAUCCCAAAUUUGAUUCACAGCCUCUAUAAGAUUGCCUAUUAAAAAAGCUUAAAGCUUAUCCUUAGCCCAUUUUGUCAGAAAAAUAAUUUGCAUCUAAUCAUUUUUAUAAACUGGUGAAUUUUUAUGUGUUUUACUAUAUCACGACUAAAAUUCUAAAAUAAAAGUUCUGAUAUCUUUA